UUGAAAGCAGUGUCCGACUCAGACUCUAGCUACACUCAUUUAGUGAAUAAGAAGAAAGAAAAUAAGUCUUUCCAGUGUCUCCAUUCAGAACUGAACAGGUACGAUAAAAAACUUUUGCUGCAGCUUCUCUUCCUGAUUAUGUCUUUGUAAAAACUGGACAAGACUUUCUUUACUGCAGAGAUGAAUCCGUCUCCAGAUGACCAAAUCAGGCCUCGAGGGGCUGUAACGAUUGCAUCACUUGUUGUGGUGAAUAUGAUUUGGUGGAUGCUUAUGAUCGCAGCCAUUGGUUUGGGGCUUACACAUCUACAACGAUGUCCAGUAGAGCCGAUCCUUCCCAUCUACCUGAUAGUGCUGGGAGCCACCACCCUCCUCUCUCUGUCUAUGACCUACAUCAUGACCAACAGGGAGGGGGCCAGGGUCCCCACCAUGUGCUCCGUCUGCAUCACCCUCCUGUACCUCUUCAGUUUCGGCUGGUUCAUUGCAGGUUCUAUCUGGAUUUAUCCUAUCUAUCCUCCCAACUACACACCCGGAACAGCUCCAUACUGCCACAGGGUAACCUACCUGUUUGCCUUCGUGAUCACCACCAUUGUGUGGCUCGCUACGACUCUCAUGUUCGUCUUUGGAUGCUGCUUCGCUGUACUGACCUGCUGUCAGAUUGUAAUCUCAGUAGACAGAUUUGUACCCAGCCGCUAUUCUUUCUACGGUGCGACAAGUGAUUUCCAAGAACCCAUUGUUGGUGAUGUGUAAUUGAACGAUUUAUUCGCUCAUGUCUUCAAAUGUCUGGAGAUUUUACACUAGGUUGAGUGAAACGCUUUCAACAUUUUUUAUUAUGCUUCUGCUGCUAAAGUUUUUUUAUCUUUUUUGUUUUUGUAGUUGAACAGUUUGAUUGGUUAAGAUAAUGUUAUUAAUCCCAAUUCAAUUGUUACAGCAACUUUAAUAGGCACAGAAAAAAAGAGACAUAGCCUUAUACAUAAAUACACAUUACACUUUUUGCACUUGAUACUGAAAGUAUGGGCAGCUAGUAAAACAAUAUCCUUUACCUAGAUUUGGCUUUCUGCAGGUGUCUUUCCUCAGUGGAAUAACUUUUCUUUAUUGCACCACUUAAAGUGGUAUUGUAAAAAAUAUUUGUGUCGUAAUCUAUGAAAAUAAAAGUGUAAUAUGUUGUGAAUUUAUUUAUUUAUUUAGCUAUAUUCCUGAUGAUUUGAAUAAAUGCUGCCGUUCUAUUUAAGUAUCUUA